AUGCAAACGUUUUCAGGCCUGGUGUUGGUUUUGAUGGUGCUCGUGCGUUUGGUCUCUCCGCUGCGCCCCAUCUGUGACCUGAGGGUUCUGGACCACUUCGUUCGAGAAGCUGGAGAUUCAGAAGUCAUCAUGCGAGGCUGCAGAGGAGGCUGUGGAGUGAUGAAAUCCUACUUUGUUCCUCUGACAAGAGUUGACUUUGCUGUUUGGGAACAUAUAGAUUUUCAGAUGCAGGCUGUGGAGGUCCAGACAGGACUGUCUCUGCUGCUUCAGGCUCUUAAAAUGGCCAAGAAAACAGUCAGCAGCUCUCCACUAUCAAACACACUAGAAAACAACAUCAGUAACCUCCACAGCCUGGGCCAGAUCAUACACAGCCUCCAUUUACAGCAGGCCGAGUCCACAGUUCUUCCAGAUGAUUCAGCUCCUGCCAGCUCACAGACGCAGGAGGUCUCGUCUCUCCCAGAACUUCUGCAGGUGCAGAGCAGCUUCCUGAGAGGAAAAGUCCGACUCCUGCUUUCAGCUGCUCCAGCAUGCCAACGGCAAAACAGCUGAUACCAGAUAACCGCCACAAGCUGGACCACAACACUUGAUGGAGACAUGAUACUCAGGCUUAAAUCUUAAUUUAACCCAAAAGGAGAAUCAUUUACUCACCCUCAUGUUGCUCCAAAGACUUUUAUUCAUCUACAGGACCUAA